GGACGUAUGCGGGGCACGUAGCCCCACAGUGCUGUCUGCAAUAGAAUCGACUAUCAUACAAUCGUGAAGAGCAGCACAAUACCCUCCCGUCAUUAUAAUGCCAUUUACUAGUAUGCAACAACAAAGGUCAUGCCGAAAACUUUAAUGUUUCUGAUUAAGAUCAUAAAUCAUUUAAAAACGUAGAGGUUAAAAAUCAAGAAGGUGAAAAUACAGAAUUGUGCGGGAAAGUGAAAAAGGCGGAAAAAGUGCACGAUUAGCAAGCGGAAAAGUAGUCGUCGCAACCACAUCGGCGGCCAUAGAUAGUCACACAAAUAUGACAAAACUUAAAGAUGCGCACGACUACAUUUUCAUUGCGGAAGGCGGCAGCAGCAGCAGCAGCAGCGGCAGCAACUCGUAUGUCAUCUCCUCACCCAUUAACGCCAAGCAACUUAGAAGCAGUAUCAGCAACAAUAAUAGCAAUAGCCGCAAUUACAGGCGCUCACCUUUUGGCGCGGCGCCUACAAAGAGGCCAAAGCCACCGCACACGAAGCUCUCCACUAGCCUCCAACCACAUCAGUUGGAGCACCAAGAUCAAAAGAACAUCCAACACAGAAUGGUUGUUUCGAAGGCACAUAACGCCACCACCACUGCCACCAUAGCCACAGCCGCGGCGACUACAACAGCCGCCACAAUGGGACUCAACAGCCUCAACAGCAGCUGCAGUCUUGUCGCACCAACAACGCAUACGGCGUUGGAGAGCAAUAGAAUAGACAGUAACAGCCAUCAACUGCAGCAAUCGCCAUUGGAACGACAUCACCUCCAUCACCAGCAUACCUUCGUCACUUCGUUCGCUGCGCCGACGCUUAAUACCGCCCUCACCACUACUGCCACCACAGUGCUGACCGCUGCCAAGGCGGCUGCCACAACGACAGCGACAACAGCAGCGCAAAAUCUUUAUAGUGGAGUCGCAGUUGGCCUUGGCGCGAUGCUAAUCAACGACACACUUCUGCUGGAAGCGGACACCAAUGGGUAUGGCACGAGUUUGCUCUUCGACGACGGCAAUGGAAGUGACCUUAUGCUGAAUGGUAGCAGUGGAAAUAUUACCAACGGCAAUGCGACCGCAAGUGAUGAGGACUUUGGUGAAUUUCUGCGUAUAGCAACCACUUCGGUGAUGCUGGGUCUCUUGAUACUCAUCACAAUAAUUGGAAACGUUUUUGUAAUUGCUGCCAUCAUUCUGGAACGUAACUUGCAGAAUGUUGCCAAUUAUUUGGUUGCAUCAUUGGCUGUUGCUGAUCUGUUCGUUGCCUGUCUGGUGAUGCCGCUGGGCGCCGUCUACGAGAUAAGGCAAGGCUGGAUACUUGGGCCGGAGCUCUGCGACAUUUGGACCUCGUGCGAUGUGCUCUGCUGUACAGCUUCCAUAUUGCAUUUAGUCGCCAUUGCGGUCGAUAGGCAAACAAAAUCACCUACAACCAUUGGCAAAAUAAACACCAGCGGCGAGGAGCGUCACAUAACAACGAAAUUCCGAAAUUUGCACAAAAAUUGCCACUAA